CCCAGGUGCAAAUCCCUCCAAAACGCACAUCUUCAUCGCCGGCGUUUGACCGUUAACCAAAACAGAAAUACGAAGAAGAACGAUGUUUUCAUUUUCAUUUUCGCAUAUUUGAAAUUUUAUUUUAUUUUUUGGGUAUGUGACAGUGGGUGUGCGUGGAGUCAAUAUUUCUGCUUCUGCUUCGGCUUCUUCCUUGUUUGUCUUUCUCCGCCUUGUUUGACCGAGUCGCCAGCCCAUCGACGACUCGUUGUUUUUCGUCUUCUUCGUCUCCUCUCUUCUGCUGCUUUUCGAAAAAGCAAAAAACAGCAGAAAAUCACAGAGAAACCGAAACAUCAAAACAUCAAAAUCUCCUCUAAAUUUAGCACAGAUCCCGCUAAAUUUAGAGGGAGCGAGAAAAAUACGUACAAUUAGGUUUAGGGUUUUUGGGACAGAGGGAGCUGUAGCAGGAGGACAGGGAGCGAGCUAGGGACACAGCGGUAAUUUCUCCACCGCCAAGAUGAUGAUCUCUCGGGGGCUGUUCGGGUGGUCGCCCCCGCACAUACAGCCCUUGACGCCGGUCUCCGAGGUGUCCGAGCCGCCCGAGUCGCCGUCGCCGUACAUGGACCAGAGUGUCGACGCGUCAGCCCAGCCGAUGGAGCAGGAGGAGGAGAUGGAGGAGCCGGAGGAGAUCGAGCCGCCGCCGGCCGCCGUGCCCUUCUCGCGGCUCUUCACCUGCGCGGACCGCCUCGAUUGGGUUCUCAUGACCGUUGGAUCGCUCGCCGCCGCGGCUCACGGGACGGCUCUAGUGGUGUACUUGCACUACUUCGCGAAGAUAAUUCAGAUACUCUGGAUGGACAAAAACCAGCCAGGCGGCCAGCCGCCGCAGCCUGGUAUUAGCGAGGUGCAGUUCCAGAAGUUUAUGGAUCUUGCUUUGUCCAUCAUUUAUAUUGCCACAGGCGUUUUUGCUGCUGGGUGGAUUGAGGUCUCAUGCUGGAUUCUGACGGGAGAAAGGCAGACUGCUGUCAUCAGGUCAAAUUAUGUUCAAGUAUUACUUAAUCAGGAUAUGAGUUUUUUUGAUACCUACGGAAACAACGGGGACAUUGUGAGCCAAGUAUUGAGUGAUGUGCUGCUCAUUCAGUCUGCUCUUAGUGAAAAAGUUGGGAACUAUAUUCAUAACAUGGCUACAUUUUUCAGUGGUCUCAUUAUUGGAUUCAUCAACUGUUGGCAGAUUGCGGCAAUAACAUUGGCCACUGGCCCAUUUAUUGUUGCUGCUGGAGGAAUAUCAAACAUAUUUCUCCAUAGGCUUGCUGAGAAUAUUCAAGAUGCAUAUGCUGAAGCAGCUAGCAUUGCAGAACAGGCAGUCUCUUACAUUAGGACGUUAUAUGCAUUUACAAACGAAACAUUAGCCAAGUAUUCAUAUGCAACAUCACUGCAAGCAACUCUCAGAUAUGGCAUAUUGAUAAGCCUUGUGCAAGGACUUGGACUUGGAUUUACUUAUGGUCUUGCCAUUUGUUCUUGUGCCUUGCAAUUGUGGGUUGGAAGGUUCCUGGUUUCGCAAGGGAAAGCUCAUGGUGGUGAAAUUAUAACAGCCCUUUUUGCUGUAAUAUUAAGUGGCCUUGGGCUGAAUCAAGCAGCAACAAACUUCUACUCAUUUGAUCAAGGUCGAAUUGCUGCUUAUAGACUUUUUGAGAUGAUAAGUCGAUCAUCCUCUACCGUUAAUCACGAGGGAACUACCCUAGUGACCGUGCAAGGAAAUAUUGAGUUUCGGAAUGUAUAUUUCAGUUAUCUAUCUCGUCCUGAGAUCCCGAUUUUGAGUGGUUUUUACCUCACUGUACCUGCUAAGAAAGCUGUGGCACUCGUCGGCAGGAAUGGUUCUGGAAAGAGCAGUAUUAUCCCCCUCAUGGAGCGGUUUUAUGAUCCUACAUUAGGAGAAGUUCUUUUGGACGGAGAAAACAUAAAGAACCUGAAACUGGAGUGGCUUAGAAGUCAGAUAGGGCUAGUCACGCAGGAGCCUGCCUUGCUGAGUUUGAGUAUAAGAGAUAAUAUUGCUUAUGGCCGGGAUGCUACAGUGGAUCAAAUUGAAGAAGCUGCUAAAAUAGCACAUGCGCAUACAUUUAUUACCUCACUUGAGGGAUCAUAUGAUACACAGGUGGGAAGAGCAGGCUUAGCAUUGACGGAAGAGCAAAAAAUAAAACUUUCAAUUGCCAGAGCUGUGCUUCUAAACCCGUCCAUUCUUUUGCUUGAUGAGGUCACUGGAGGACUUGAUUUUGAGGCUGAAAGAGCUGUUCAAGAAGCUCUAGAUCUCCUCAUGUUGGGACGUUCAACUAUAAUUAUAGCUCGGCGGCUUAGUCUUAUAAGGAACGCUGAUUAUAUAGCUGUGAUGGAGGAAGGCCAACUAGUUGAGAUGGGUACGCAUGAUGAGUUAUUAACUCUGGAUGGCCUAUAUGCGGAGCUUCUCAAAUGUGAAGAGGCUGCAAAACUUCCUAGGAGGAUGCCAAUGAGGAACUACAAGGAGACUGCAACCUUCCAAAUUGAAAAGGAUUCUUCGGCAAGUCAUAGCUUCCAAGAACCAUCCUCUCCAAAAAUGAUGAAAUCACCCUCACUUCAGAGAGCUAGUGGCAUGUUCCGGAUGGGAGAUGGCAAUUUUAACUCACAGGAGUCACCAAACGCUAGGAGUCCUCCGGCAGAGAAAAUGUUGGAAAAUGGUCAGCCCUUGGAUUCAGCAGAUAAGGAACCAUCGAUAAAAAGGCAGGAUAGUUUUGAAAUGAGACUACCUGAGUUACCCAAGAUUGAUGUUCAGUCUGUAAAUCAACAGACAUCGAAUGGUUCGGACCCUGAAUCCCCCGUUUCACCCCUUUUGACAUCUGAUCCGAAAAAUGAGCGUUCCCAUUCACAAACCUUUAGCCGUCCACAUAGCCAUUCGGAUGAUUUUCCCAUGAAAUUGAAGGAAGAAAAAAGCACACAUCAAAAGAAGGCACCAUCAUUUUGGAGGCUUGCACAGCUUAGUUUUGCAGAGUGGCUUUAUGCUGUGUUAGGAAGCAUUGGUGCUGCUAUCUUUGGUUCCUUUAAUCCUCUUCUUGCUUAUGUUAUUGCACUGAUAGUAACAGCAUACUACAGAGGUGAUGAAGGUCGUCACUUGAGUCAGGAAGUAGACAAAUGGUGCUUGAUCAUUGCUUGCAUGGGUAUAGUGACAGUCGUUGCCAAUUUCUUGCAGCAUUUCUACUUUGGUAUUAUGGGGGAGAAAAUGACAGAACGAGUUCGUAGAAUGAUGUUCUCAGCAAUGCUGCGCAAUGAAGCUGGAUGGUUUGAUGAAGAAGAGAACAGUGCCGAUACCUUAUCCAUGCGCUUGGCAAAUGAUGCUACAUUUGUACGGGCUGCUUUUAGCAAUCGGCUUUCAAUAUUUAUACAGGAUAGUGCUGCUAUUAUUGUGGCUGUUCUCAUUGGGAUGUUGCUACAAUGGCGAUUAGCACUAGUGGCUUUGGCAACUCUACCAAUUCUCACUAUUUCUGCCAUUGCACAGAAAUUAUGGCUUGCUGGUUUCUCAAGGGGAAUUCAGGAGAUGCACAGGAACGCAUCUUUGGUUCUCGAGGAUGCAGUUAGAAACAUUUACACUGUUGUGGCAUUCUGUGCUGGUAACAAGGUAAUGGAGCUGUACAGAUUGCAGCUAAAGAAAAUAUUUAAGCAGAGUUUCUUUCAUGGAAUGGCCAUUGGCUUUGCAUUUGGCUUUUCACAGUUCCUUCUUUUUGCCUGUAACGCCCUUCUUCUCUGGUACACUGCAAUCUCUGUGAAAAAUAAGUACAUGGAUCUACCUACUGCUAUCAAGGAGUACAUGGUUUUCUCUUUUGCUACAUUUGCACUGGUAGAGCCUUUUGGGUUGGCUCCUUACAUACUAAAACGCCGUAAAUCUCUCAUUUCAGUAUUUGAAAUCAUUGAUCGAGUGCCAAAGAUUGAGCCAGAUGAAAACUCGGCAAUGAAACCACCUAAUGUUUAUGGAAGCAUUGAGUUGAAAAAUGUUGACUUCUGUUAUCCAACUCGCCCAGAACUGUUGGUACUGAGCAAUUUCAGUCUCAAAGUAAACGGAGGGCAAACUGUAGCUGUGGUGGGAGUUUCAGGAUCAGGAAAGAGCACUAUAAUUUCUUUGAUUGAGAGAUUUUACGAUCCAGUUGCUGGCCAAGUCCUACUGGAUGGCCGAGAUCUGAAAGUUUAUAAUUUGAGAUGGUUAAGGCACAAUGCUAGCGAAGCUGAGAUGAAAGAGGCUGCAAGAAUAGCAAAUGCUCACCAUUUCAUCAGCAGCUUGCCUCAUGGUUAUGACACGCAUGUGGGGAUGAGAGGUGUUGACCUGACCCCAGGACAGAAACAGAGAAUUGCAAUUGCUCGUGUCGUGCUAAAGAAUGCUCCCAUCUUGUUAUUGGAUGAAGCAAGCUCGUCCAUUGAAUCCGAGUCAAGCCGAGUGGUGCAGGAGGCUCUUGAUACAUUAAUCAUGGGGAACAAAACAACCAUUUUGAUAGCCCAUAGGGCUGCAAUGAUGAGGCAUGUUGAUAACAUUGUAGUUCUCAAUGGAGGGAGAAUUGUGGAAGAAGGGUCCCAUGAUUCUUUAAUGGCAAAGAAUGGUCUCUAUGUCCGUUUGAUGCAACCGCACUUUGGCAAGGGUUUGCGUCAACACCGACUUGUUUAGUAUGGGUCUUCAAUUGUUGAGAAUUCAGAUUUGGUUCGUCUGUAUAGUUCCCAUUCCCUCAUUUUGAAUUGCUGGAGACAUCUGCACCUGAUGAUGGAUCUGUCUGUGGGGUUCCAGAGUAAGCUGGGGAGAAUGAGAAUGAGAUGCUGAGGGUUGUAACAAUGUUUAUAGCAGAAUGAGGCAUGGAAUGCAGAGGCGGCGGAUUCGUAGUUAUAUUGUUCAAAUCUAGGGUUUAGGAAUAGGGUUUUUGGUGUUUGGUUGGUCUUUGAGGAUGUGCUACCUGGGCUAAUUCUUUAGGAGGCAAGCAUGGUUAGGUUGGUGUUUGUGCUUCGUCUCCAUGGUAUAUUGAUUGUUUUAAGCAGAAAAAUGGGUAUCAAUUCAAAGUCUCUACUGAGGUUGCGGGGGUUUUCCCUAAAAUUCUAGUUUUACUUGGCUCGCUCUUUGUUGUAACCUUUGUAAAUAUAUAGAUUAUUUAAUGCUAUUCAUUUUCUCCUGCUUGAUUCCACGAUUUGAAAUUUGUGCCCUGAAUCUUCAAUUAUUAGAUUGGGUUUUGCCUGUUCAAAUACCUUAACCC